AUCUUGCAGUCCUUGUGUGAUGUUUGUUUCGGAAGCGAGCGAGCUACUUUAGAGCAACGUUGCUUUAGAGGUUCAGAGUCGUGUGCGCUGUUACACUUAUUGGCGUUUUGGAAAUGCCUUUCUAAAACGAACCUUUAAGCGAGGCGUGCGUGAAAAAGACUGCUGGAUCGGUGCCAGCACGGUCUCACCACUGUUUAUUUUCUUGCGACCCACGCUCGAUACCUGUCUCCAGCUGACUUCACACUUCACCUCAGCGCCUCAGCUAAGCGAGAGUCUUGGAGAGGAAGAAAGGGGCGAGAAAAGCCCGACAUGCCUUCGUGAUUUCUCCUACGAUGGAAGCUUCUGAGAACCGACAACUGUGCAGCGACGUGCCACUGCUAGUCGUCAGUUGAAGCGCCUUAGCAACAGCGGCCGACGCAACUUUCGGGCAAUGGGUGGCGCCGUCAGUGCGGGCGAAGACAACGACGAGCUUGUGGACCAUCUGGUUGAGGCGGACUACAUCCGUAGUCCGGAUGUCGAGAGCGCCUUGCGCGCCGUUGACCGGGCGCACUACUACGCCGAUGGAUGCAAGGAAAAUGCAUAUCGAGACCUGGCGUGGAAACAAGGGAAUUUACACUUAUCGGCGCCAUGCAUCUACUCGGAGGUCUUGGAAGCACUGCAGUUGCGUCCAGGCAUGACCUUCCUGAACCUGGGCAGUGGCACGGGAUACCUGAGCACCGUUGCCGGCCUGCUGCUCGGUUCCAACGGUGUCAACCACGGUGUGGAGCUGCACGAGGAUGUUGUGCAGUACGCACAGCUCAAGGUGUCGCAGUUCUUGCGGUCUAGCCACGCUCUCGAAGAGUUUGACUUCUGCGAGCCGCGCUUCGUCGUGGGCAACUGCCUCUCGCUAGAGACAAAUGGCCGCCGCUACGACCGAGUCUACUGCGGAGCCUCUUGUCCUGUCGAGAAAGUGGCCGUCCUCACGGCCCUCCUCAAGAUUGGAGGCGUGCUCGUUAUGCCCUGCAACGAUCAGCUGGUGCAGGUGAAGCGCACGGCCGAGGACAUCUGGGUGGAAAAGAACAUCCUCCCCGUGUCCUUUGCCAGCCUCGUGCCCCCGCAAAGGGAUGGUGCUGAAGUGGUUCUGCCCGACUAUCAGCCUAGCAGCCUCCAGGAGCUGAGCCGCGGCGUGAUCCGUCGCCUUCUCCGUGCCCGGCUGGAUCGGGAGAAGAUCGUGAAGCCUCGCCGCCGUCUGCAGCCUCCACGCCUGCGCAGCAGCAGCAGUGGCAACGCAGUAGUGCCCUUCAGAGGCACCGGAAGUGGCACUUCCACCGGCGGUGACUCCGGCAGCAGCAGCGGCGACGAACCGCACCGCAAGCGCUCGGCCGGCGGAGAGGGCUCAAUCCUGUGGAAGCGCGCAGCUCUCGACGACGUCUGCCCGCAGGCCCUGCAGCAGCAGCUGCAGGAGCGUCCCCCCUUGCUGCGCCAGAGGAUUCUCGAGCUGCCCCUGCCACCUCGGCUCAAGACGUACCUGAAUUUCGACCGGCAGCUUUGAUUGCCUGCUGCCAUCCACGGCGACAGUCGUCCACCAACCACACCGCAGGGGCAUUGCCCACACACUGCGUCACGGCGGCGACAGUCCGAGUACUUUAAAAGUCAGCACGACUUGUCUCCCGUUUUUAUUCUAAUGCUCCGGGAGCUCAGUUGUGGAGAGCGGCGAGAGCGCACUCGUCUGUGCUUAGAAAACUUAUCCUUGGUGCAGUGACGGCCUUUCCUCUGAGCUCGCUCCGAGCCGGAUGCUCUGACAGAGGCCCAGUCGUGCAAUGCUCUCAAGUCAGCAUCAAGAAGUCUGCUUUUCUGUGAUGGCGGUGUUCCGAAGACAAAAUGUGCCGUUGGUAUUGUGGGUCGGUCGAGUUGGCCGCUCUCGUACGAAGCACGUGCUCGGUGCUUAGCGAGCAUUUUACUGAAGUGUUUUAUUAGCCACUGGCAGAUUCUUUUUUUAGAUGAUACGUAUGUUGAUAUCCUCUUGCUCUACGAUAACGAGAGGUGUGUCAAAGAACGCGCACUUUUCUGACGAAGAUGUGUACUGUGGCUCGUUCUGUUUCAUGCUUGGCAUGCCGCUGUCUCGACGCCGUGCGGCUUUGUCUGCAAUGCAGAAUCUGUUGCUUUGAAGGAGUACUGUAUUUUGCCGCGUGCACUGCACACCGGAAAAUUAUUGAAAUUCUCUAGUACAAAAUCGGGAGCUGCUGGAAGGUGUUCUGCGUUUUGGUUCGGCUGCGUGGACCAAGAACUCCACAGUGGCGUGCACUGCGCGGCUGCGGGACUACCCUUCAGAACCUCAGCAGCAACUGGUGGCAUGAGCAAUCACUUCUGGGGCUUCACCCCAUGCUGAAAGUUGGGCUGCGUUGCUUUUACAGUGAUUUCAGCUUUCUUAUGUGCUUGUUGUUUGCACAGGUUGCGUACACUCAGUUUGUUUUUUGCAUCCGGUUAUUUGGUCAUGUGCAUGGGUAAGUCAUGUGUAUGGAAAUAUUACGUAGACUUGUCAAACAACAAAAUGGUUAUCCUGUUUGACAAGCUUAAAUUUUGAAAAACGACAAUACUGCUUGUAAUUUAAGUGCGUGCUUCAGAACAAGACAUUGUUCUUGAUCCGUUGCACUUUCUUUUUUUUUUCCGGUGACAACCAUUGUAGGUGAACAAUUGCCUUGCAGUUUCGGAGAAAGCCACAUCCAUGUCUGCUCAUUUGUAUAGUUUCUAUUUACGUUUUCUCCAGAUUUAUCACUUGUGCCUUAUGUUACUUGUUCGUUUCUGUUCCCGGCUUCCUUCCUUUUUUUUUACACACACAAAAAAAAAAGUCUGAAGUGUGCAGUAUGUUGUGCUACUAAGGGAACCCAGUGGCUCUUUUGGCUGAACUACCAACUUCCUGCGCUCAAGUUCCCUAGAGAACUUGGAACAGUGCGAUGGGUUUUGUUUAACGCCAUGCUUGAGUGCAGUACCUGCCCUUUUACGUUUUUUCCAGACUAACUAGAUGAAAAGAGUGCUUUGUAUGCGACAGUGUGAGAGCCCAAAUCUAAUUUAUUUCAGUGAUGGGAGUGGUGGCAUCAUCUGUCAAAGGCAAGACACACGUUACGUACUGUUACAGCCAUGAGCAAUAUGAAAGGGAACACUAGGUUCGUGUUUAGGUAACAUACAUGUGAUGUGCAGAUAAGAAUCUGACAUAUUGACUUGCAACGGAUACCUCUUCACUUGAGCAUGUAGUGUUCUGAACAUUUUUCUUCUUGGCAAUUGCGUUUUGUCACUACGUCUAUUUGAAGUCAAUUUCUGUGUUCCCUUUCAUAUUGUUCAUGACUGUACAGGAGGGGCAGUUGCAAUGUUCAGAGUAAUAUGGCGCCACUAGUGAGAGUGUGUUGUUCUUGUUCCAUCACACAACAUGCACCUGUUGGCUAGUGUUCGUAAAACUAACGUUUCGCAAGUAUCGUCUGUGAUUGGCUGUUGCUGUGACGAUUUGUUUCAUCACGUCUAUUGCUGUCACGAUUGGCUGGCACGUGAAUGUUGCUGGCUGAUGGAGGAAGUACAGUUAUGCCAGGAAGAUCCUUCUGAACAUGAUAAUGAAACCUCGAUACGGUGAAUUCAUGUAUAACUAAUUACAAAGUUGAUAAUAGUCUUGCUAUUAUCACACUGUAAUGAACAUAUGGUAAUAACGAAUUUUCGGAUAUAUCGAAGCCAUUUUCUUCUCAUGCGCAACUUUGUUACAGUGAGGUUCAAUUGUAAACGAUUUACUUUUAAGAAAGCUGUAUCGAGUACUGUACCUUUCCGUGAUAUUGCACAAGUCAUGAAAUGCUUCCUCAGUGUGAAAUUUUAAGCAUGAACCAGUGAACAAUUCUUCUGAGCCAUCAAAACGGAGUUACCUUAGCACAAUACUUGGCAUGCUUCUCCGCGAAGCCGGAUCGUACAGUGUUGCCAUCUUGCAGCCGCAGUUGCAUAGUGGCUGCCAACUGAGGAGACGCCACCCCGAUGACAAUGUGGCAAGCCAAGUACAAAACAGAGCACAGGAGAUGCGUACUUUGGCCGCAUGCUUCGCAAGCAGUGCAGCAGAAAAGAACUGUGACGUGGCCAAAGCAAGCGACUGUGUGUGUGUGCGUGUGAUCUCUGGCCCAGACUUCCCAGCCACAAUAGAUCACCACUUUCUUUUUCUUCCUCGCUUGAUUUAGUGCCGAGCUAUUAAUGUGGCCACCUGGUGGUCACUGAGGGGCCCGGCAGCUCACGUCCAGUGUAAGUCAUAAUAAAUGAUGAAAGAUAAA